UGUUGUGAAUCGGAGGCCAGCGCAGCCACAAUGCCAGAUGGGGGAGCCCCUUUCUCAGCAACACAGCACAGCAUCACAGCCUCGCCUCAGUGAGAGAAAAAAAGACGGGCAGGAGAGCAAUGCAAAGGGAUGUAAGAUGGCAGAGCUACAAAUGCUAUUAGAGGAGGAAAUCCCGGCCGGUAAAAGAGCGCUGGUGGAAAGCUAUCAGAACCUGUCCCGGGUAGCGGAAUACUGUGAAAACAAUUAUGUUCAGGCUCAAGACAAAAGGAAAGCCCUGGAGGAGACCAAAGCCUACACCACCCAGUCUCUGGCCAGUGUUGCCUACCAGAUCAAUGCCUUAGCAAAUAAUGUGCUGCAGCUGCUGGACAUCCAGGCCUCGCAGCUCCGACGAAUGGAGUCCUCCAUCAAUCACAUUUCCCAGACGGUGGAUAUUCACAAAGAGAAGGUGGCCCGUCGAGAAAUUGGCAUCCUGACCACCAACAAGAACACCUCUCGCACCCACAAAAUCAUCGCCCCGGCUAACAUGGAGCGGCCUGUGAGGUACAUCCGAAAACCAAUUGACUACACGCUGCUAGACGACGUGGGACACGGUGUCAAAUGGCUUAAAGCCAAGCAACAUGGGAACAAUGCAGCAGGACGAGGAGGCACCCUUUCCAGGACCAACCCACCCUCACAGAAACCCCCAAGCCCCCCUAUGGCUGGUCGGGGUACACUUGGACGUAACACCCCAUAUAAGACUCUGGAGCCUGUGAAGCCCCCAGUGGUUCCUAACGACUACAUGACGAGCCCGGCCCGACUGGGAAACCAACACAGCCCCGCACGCACAGCCUCACUCAACCAGAGACCCAGGACACACAGUGGGAGCAGUGGAGGCAGUGGUGGCCGGGAGAACAGUGGAGGCAGUGGAGUUGGGAUCCCUAUUGCUGUUCCCACACCUUCUCCCCCCAGUAUGGGGCAAGUGGCACCCUCCUCUGCAUCGGUGCCACAGGGUCCCGGCUUGGGUCCUAUCCCCAUGUCCCAGUUCGGCACCAUCUCUCGCCAGAUCUCCCGUCACAACUCUUCCACCACUUCCUCGGCCUCCAUGGUAUCGGCAACAGGCACCUACCGCCGUGCGCCCUCCGUCUCCUCCCAGCAACCUCACAUCAACGGUGGCCCGGCGUUUCAACCAAAUCCAGUGUCUGUGAAUCCUCCGCCUCCUCCCCCCAUGGUCCAGCUGACCCCACAGAUCCCUCUGACCGGCUUCGUGGCCAGAAUGCAGGAGAGCAUCACAGACAGCCCAGCCCCACCUCCUCCACCUCCCCCUGAGGAUAUAGGUGUGUUUGAGGAGCCUGCCCCUCCUCCGCCUCCUCCACCUGUGGACUACGAGGAAGAAGAUGCUGCAGUCGUUCACUACAGCGAUCCCUAUGCUGAUGGAGACCCCAACUGGGCCCCAAAGGUCUACUUAGAGAAAGUUGUGGCCAUCUACGACUACACGAAAGAUAAGGAGGAUGAGCUGUCCUUCAUGGAGGGUGCCAUCAUCUACAUAAUCAAAAAGAACGAUGAUGGAUGGUUCGAAGGUGUCUGCAACGGUGUCACCGGUCUCUUCCCUGGGAAUUAUGUAGAAUCAAUCAUGCAUUACGCCGACUAAAGAAAAUAUCCAGUAAGGAAAGAAAACAGGAAUGAUGGAGCUCAGAUGUACAGAGUGCAGUGAAGAGAGAUAGAGCUCCCCUUUUGAGUAAAGUGCCAUGGUGAAUUUUUUUCAAAUGAUUUUCCUUUGGUCUGCGGGAGGUUUUGUUUUCAUUUGGCCACUAAAAUAUGGAUGCGGCACAUAUAAGGUUGGAGUUUGAUGUUUUUACAGGUUGCAGUCUGUUAAUUUACACUGGAGAUUAAAAGAGGAGCCUCACUAGAAUUUAGUCCUAAUCAGAAGUUUUUCAGGGCAAUUCCAAAAACAAAAAGAUUAAGCUAAAAACAACAUACAAACUCCGGUGAGGCUCUAAAAAGUUCAAAAUGCUACCUGAUCAUUUGCACUUCGGAGCACCAGAGCAACUCUUCCCUCCUCUCAAACAGACAGAACAUCCAGACGGAGCUUCAGGACACGACUGAACGUUCCAGGUUUAAGAGCGGGGGCCUGACGGUGUGUGUAUUUACAUUGCUCUGUGUCGAUUACAAAGGAAGAUUGUACAGAAUUCAUUAAUAGUGAAAAAGACAAUUUCCUUCUUCAGUCUGGUGAAGUUUUUUUUUUCCUGUACUCUAACUUGUAUAUAUAAGGUGUAUCGUGACCAACUGCCAGUACAGUACAUGUGUCAGCGUGCUUCGUCAGUGGAGGAGAGCGGUGCCAAGAUUGGACUUCUUUUUAAAUUUUGCUCAUUUUUACACGAAUGUUCAUUUAUCCUUAGUCACCGUGCCAUUUCCACUUUAUCCCUACACAGUGAUGGUGUUUUAAUGUUCCAGCUGUUAUCUUUUUGAUCAUCGCCGCUGUAUUCAGUAUCCGAGCUACUGGAGGCUUCAGAAUGUGAAGCAGAGGAAGGACUCAAUGUUUCUUUUUCCUUUGUGUUGUAGCUGCACUGUUAUCAACAACUGUACUGAUUUUUAUUUCCAUUUUGGGUGCGAUUCCAUCACAGCGGUUGCUACGUGAAGAAGACACUCUUAAGAACUUGUUUUAUUCUGCUAACAUUUACUGGUGUGGUGCUUUCCAGUUGGUGCUUAACGACCUUCGCCACCAACCCAAACAACCUCAAGUGCAACACUCCUCCGUUAAGAACUGUAACAAAGAGAUGUCCUCUCUUUCUCUCAUCGCUUGUUUUGAUUGUAAACUCCUUCACUCAUACUUGUGAUGUGAAUGUAGGCAAAUCAGCGGUAAAGUACCGUCAGUCACCUCUGUCUGUCUCCAGAUUCUGUGCUAAUCAUGUCUAGCUCUUUUAGGUAAUUUAAAAGGGAUUCGUUAGUGUCGCUUAUCAAGGUUCUCAGUUAUUAGUGACAUUUCCCUCACCUGCUGUGCUCGUAUGGAAUAUUGCAUGGAGUUUGUGGGAAAGUGAAAUCCUGUGAAGGAAAAAGGCAAUUCAGUCAUUGUUAUAGCUAAUGUUAGCAAAUGAAAACAACUCAAACUCUAUAUUUUCAUGCUGUAGGGAAGAUUAGACACAGUCAUCCCAGUUUUGCCCUCUCCCUUUAUUGCUUCCCCAGCUAAUCAAAAUUGCCGAAACUUAUCAGAGAAUCAGGGACGUAAAAGUACACUGCAUUUCCACAAAAUAACAGACUCCCUACU